UCGAUUGUUUUGCAAACACGGCAUUUGGUUAGUGAAAACGUCCUUGUGUAAAUUCGCGAUUUUUCAUAGAAAUUGACUCUGUUUGUGCAUUUUGAGUGAUUAUUUAGUGCCCCAUAAUGACUGAGAAGCUCCUGAAUUUGAUGAUCAAGCAUAAAUCCACGCCGGAUGACUUCCCGAGUUGGCUUUUCACCAUGAUUGAGAAACACAGCGAGGAACUAAGCAUGGAAGACUUUGCCAUUUACUUUCUCAAUUUGAUCAAGACACAGACGGAAGAGAUUACACGGAGUGCACCAUCUGUGACGACGACGCCGAGGAAAAGUCCCGGAAAUGCUGAUAGUUUAGCGGAAAAUUUCCCAUCGUUGAGUAGCACGCAACAAACUCUGCACGAAACGACGUCCAUGUGCCUGGAGACGCGGGAAAUUCGCACGAGUACCCCGAUAAAAUCUCCUGGUUGGGGGAAUUCCGUCGGCAAUCAGAGCAGCACCCCCAACUCCAGGAAGACGUACAGUCGAACAAUUUGCCUGGCGGACUUUUUGAUGUCGCCGCAGGAGCCACGAGGGCGGAAGAACAAAGCCACGCAGCACGCGAGAACGAUGUCUGCGGAUCAGGUGAAACCCAAACGACGCGUGGUACCACUGAGUGUGCCAAAGAAUCCACCUGCCAAUGAGCAAUUCCUCACUUCGUCCUUUCGGAGUGACAACAACCUGGAAACUCUGAUGCGACAGCAACAGGAGCUGGAACGUACUGAGGGCCGGGAGGAUGAGCGGUUCCUCCUGAAGAUGCACAAAGAUCUCAUAAGUCAGGAUUUUGAGAGUGAAAAACUUGAUUCUCGGAGUUUAGAACCCGUAAAAUCGCAGAAGGUUACCAUCGAUUUGUCGGCUGUUACGAAUUCCCAAACAUUAAAUCUCUUUGCAUGCAUUUACUCCACACUCAUUGAUUGGAAUUUAAUGACGAAUGUUCUCUCUGAGCUGGCAUUCCUGCUAAAUCUCCUCAAUGCGGAUUUUGUAACAAACAACAACGAUGUAGGAAAUCGUCCCCAUGAAGUUUUCAAAAGUGCCAAUAACUGUGUCUUCUUUGCCUUUGGAGUGUUGAAUAGGCAAAGGAAGCUCCUGGCACUGCUGGAUGCUCCAACAAUACGAAUUCUUCUGGACUAUGAGCGAAUCUCUCAACUCCAGGAGAGUCUUCAUAAGUUUCUCACAUCAGUACAUCGGCACAAGGUGCAGCUGAUCUCCUCACAGAGAGCUAAUGAGGGUCUGGGGAAUGUUUCAGUGGGUCAGGGGAAUGUCUUUUAUCAGCAGGAAAAUGACACGAGGGAAAAUUUCCCAUCUGCAAAGGAAUUUGCAGCAUUUAAGAAUCAACGCGAUGGCUUCUAUACGAUCCUCAAGGCGUGGGAGGUGAAUCACUUGAAUGCCACGUGGGAUUUCUCACGAGGCUUAGCGCCAAAGGUACGACAGCUCCUGGCUCAGCUACCACUACCUGUGAAUAUGGCACAUCUGGCUAAACUCUUCACAGCGCAACUGAUCAUCUCCUGUAGCCAUGAGGAUGCAGUGUCACAGCUACAGGAUGAUCUGGGUGCUAAUGUUGACAUUGGGAAGCUCUCUAAGCUCAGCCAGAGACUCACAGCACCUGGACAUUCGAGUGCAGAACUACAAUUUCCAGGGGUUCAGGUGUUUUUCAGGGAUUUCAUUAUUGCCGCUGAAGGAUGCUGCGUAUUUGUUGAGCAGCUGAAAUUUGCUCUUAUUGCUGAACUCACGGAACUCAAUGAUGCACCCUUUGAGACAAUCAAUUUCUCCAGUUCCGAAGAGAAUCUCAAUGAAUUCAAUGAUGUUGUCAUUUUUGGGAUGUUCUUGCAGGUAAACCCGGAUAAAAUCUCAACAAUGCGAACCUUGGCCAAAUUCCUGGGUUUUACAAUGUCACGACCCUUUCCGUAUGAGAAUGGACGGAAUAGCGUUGUGGACAGUCAACAAAUUGCCCUGAGAAACAGUCUCCAGCCACAAUUUGAUGUGAAGAAAAUCCUCCUUAAUGCAAUGGAGGAGAAUAAGCUCCUUGUUACAAUUCCUUGGCUUGUGGAGUAUCUGUCAAUGCUGGAUCACGUUACGAUGCAAUUGGACUACUACAGGAGUCUCAUGGAUCUCCUGUAUAAGCUUCAUGUGAACCUAGGACUGGGGAAGCUACACCUUACACCAACGUGCCUCUUUAUCCUUCGCCUCUGCCUUGGAUGGCUCUUUGACCGUCCAAAUAUCCUUGCGGAUGACUACUAUGACUACCGGCGGAGGCAGAGGGUACCAUUGGGGAGAAAUCCGGGAAAUCGCAUUAAAAAUGGACGCCGGGAGAAUGAAAGAAGUCUCCUGAGGACUCUCACACCAACCCUCGAGGCCAUUCUCAAUGCUGCCUGUCCCUUCCUCGGGGACUUUAGGUUAUCUGUGAUGCCCACGAGAGACACAAAAACAGUCUCACGCACAGGGAGGUACCGACACAUCACAACGAAACUAACAACGGAGUCACCGAAGAAGAAAUCCUCAAGUCAGGAUGCACAAAAGCUGCUCAUUGAUGCAUUUCUGCAAUCUCAAAGUCCCUCAAUGCGGAAGAUUGUGGAUUUUGUCACAGAGCGCGUUACAUCGGCUGCCAUAAAGAAUUUCCAGGUACUCUACUUCCUGGAUAUCAGGAAGGGAACACAGAAGGAAGUCCGAGAGAUUCAGGAAGACGAUCAUGAGGUUAUUUUGAAGUGUCUCCAUCGAAUCUACGGCGAGGCACAGGAGAAGCUGAAUAAAGCCUGGGAUGACAGUGUACCUGUCAUGAUUGCAGAGAGGGUAAUAGGAGCCCUAGACGCCCUCCUGGCCAUUGAAACCCCGGAUGCUGUGAAGAAAACCUGCGGGGAUAUUGUGAAGCAGCGUUGUUUGGCCAGAGCUGAGGACUGGAGGACGCUGCAUUCCAAAGAAAUGAGCUUCUUGCAUGAUGAUUUGACCGUGGAAGCCAUAAAAAUUGCCAAGAAUAUCCAUUCAGCGCAACAAGGAGGUGCCGCUGAGAUGAAGAUUGACAUCUCUGGGCCACUUCCGUCGGAUGUCUUUGAGAAGCUCCAGCAGUUCCUGCAUACAGCUUCAAUGAAACCAUCUGAGCUUUCAGGUGAAGCUCUUCUACAGUGGCUGGAGGACCUCAAAAACUGCCUGGCGAUCAACACAUUCGUGCCUCAGAUCUACAAAACAGCAGCAUUUAUGCUUCACGAGCUGAUGCAGAUCACAAUCAACCAGAGAUGUGAUUUGGUGUCACAGGAAGUUAUCCAAGGUGCCAUAGCAUGUUGGCAGCAGCCAGUUGUUGCUCCCUUUGUUACUCCACCACCAAAGCUUGACGCUGAAGAGGCAAAGAGCUACGUCUUUGCUCAUCUCUUCCACAUUCUCAACAUUGAAAAUAUCUCUAGAAAAUCACCGGAAGUUCAGCGGAAAUUCCUCCAUUUCCUCACAUCACUCAUUCGUGCUGGCUUUGUGAGUCAGCACAACCUCUUAAAGCAAACUAAAAAUACCAAUAAGUGGCCAGAAGAAGCCAAGCAAUUCCUCUCGAGGAUCUCAAAGGAAAUCUUAGGGGAUAAUUCAAAGAAACUUGCAUGCCAUGGUGGAGAUUGCGAUGCAGAUGACCUCGCGAAUAUUGUACCUGAUCUGCAUUUGUAGGUCUUGUAGAGAAAUUAAUUUUACAUUUUUUAUUGAGAGAAUAAAAAUAUUUUAAUUGUAAUAAAAUU